CUCCCACUCCCGGUCUGCCACCAUGCGUCAAUUGAAGCACCACGAGUCCAAGCUGCUCAAGAAGCAUGACUUCCUGCAGUGGAAGCAGGAUGCGGGCAUGCGCGAGGUCAAGGUCAUGCGCCGCUACCACAUCCAGAACCGCGACGACUAUCACAAGUACAACGUGCUGGUCGGCCGGGUCCGCCAUCUUGCACUGCGCCUCUCCGCCCUUCCUGCUCGCGAUCCAUUCCGCGGCGCGCGGGAAGAGGCGCUGCUGGCGAAGCUGUACGACAUGGGCCUGCUGGACACGGGCGCCAAGAUGAGCGACGUGCUCGAGAAGCUCACCGUCUCGAGCUUUGCGCGGCGGCGCCUGCCUGUCGUCAUGGUGCGGCUGAAGAUGAGCGAGAGCGUCAAGCAGGCCGUGACGCACAUUGAGAAGGGCGAGGUGCGCGUGGGCGCCGACCAGAUCACAGAUCCCGCCUUCUCCGUCACGCGCAACAUGGAGGACUUCGUCUCUUGGGUUGACCAGAGCAGCGUCAAGCGCACCAUCGCGCAGUACUCCGGCCAGCGCGACGACUUCGCUUUGCUCUGAUACCCGCUCACCGUCACUCAUUGUACCACUAUCUGCUCGUCAUUGCAUCAAUUUUUCCAGCG